UGUUUUCCCCCCUGUGGUCAUGUCGAUGCAACAGUACUGUCUCAGAUGGAACAAUCACCAGCCGAACUUCAUUUCAGUGUUCUCCAGCCUCCUCAACAAUGAGUCUCUUGUUGAUGUCACACUGUCUGCGGAGGGAAGACACCUGCAAGCACACAAGUUGGUUCUUUCGGCUUGCAGCUCUUACUUCCAAUCACUGUUUACAAUCAACCCAUGUCAGCACCCUAUUGUCAUACUUAAGGAUGUCAAGUUCAUGGACUUGAAGGUGAUCAUCGAUUUCAUGUAUUACGGGGAAGUGAAUGUGUCUCAGGAUCAGCUGCCGCACAUUUUGAAAACAGCUGAAAUGUUGAAAAUUAAAGGGCUUGCUGAAAUCCCAGUAGAACCUUCGGUGAAAAGCCAGAACAAUUUAUCAGAGAAAGCAGAGCUCCUCACACCCAACGAUCCAAACUGGAACAGUACAGAUAAUCAACAUAGGCAAUCUCUAUCACCAUCACCGUGUCCCUUAUCACCAGGAAGUAAAAGGAAACGUUUGAGGAAGUCUUCGACGGGUUCGGGGUCCGGGUCGACGGAUCGGACGACGGUUGUCGAAGAGCACGGACCUAACGAGGUAACCUUGACAUCACCACUGGGGACGGCAGUUAUAAAACCGGACCCAGGCGGUUUCUCCACGGAUAUGAACAACGCAGGCGGCACCCCACAACGAAAAUCGCAACAGCACGGAUCCGACUCGGACAUGCACCGUGGUAGUUCGCAUGAGAGCAUGGACAGCGAAUCAUCCCCCCAUCAGAUCACCCUGAUUUCCCAGCAAAUCCCGCAGCAGGAAAUGCCAGUCCAGCAUGCAGUGGAUCCGCCCACCGCCAUCGAAAUGCCCGGCCCAUCAUCGACGACCACCCAGACUGUCACCGAUAGGGUGAUAAUAACGACGCACGCGCAAUUUUCGCAAUCGCAGCAGCAGCAACACCAUCCGCAUCAACAACAACAAGUACACCAUCAUCAACAUCAGAACAACCAGCAGACGAUGAUCGUGGGUCCGAAGAGGGGUCGUUUCCUGAUGCGGCAAUCUAGGAUCAAAAGGGAUUUGGAGCAGAAUCCUUCCUCGGAAACGUCUUCUGGCGGAGGAAGAGAUUCGCUGACCACCCAUCAUUACCUUUCCGUCCCUCACGUCCGCGUCGAGCGGCAGGUAUCCGAUCCACUUCCGGCCAUCUCACCUCCGCCCGGAAAUCUACUCACAGUACCUGGAACUAACAUCUUAGUCAAACAGCAUUCGCAUCCUCUUCUUUCGAGCCAGACGUCAUUUCAAAGUCAAAGUCCGCCUCCGCCCAUUACGAUGACCCAACUGCAAAUAAUACCGCAGGCGCAUUUCGUGGACGUAGAACAACAUCAUCAUCAGCCCUCGUCGAGUCCCAUCCCGAUGGUGAUCUCGCAGGAAAACACAGCAUCGACUACGGAGAGCUCCGCGCUCACCACAAUCAGGAUAAGAUCGGACGAGCUGAAGAGGAGCGUCUCUUCGCCCUCACAGUUGAGCACCAGAUCCAGCCAUUGUCCUGUGGUGAGACCCGGUCCUGCGCUAGGUUGCAAUUACUGCUGGAACACAGUGGAUAACCACGGUCGGAUACUGCGGAGGAAGACAAAGUACCAUUGCCCCGAGUGCCAAACGAACCUCUGCAUAGUGCCGUGUUUCCAAGAGUACCACGAAAGGCACGUCGCCCAAACAACGCUCACGACAUCCGUGAUGCGGAUCUUCCCCAAAACCGGUUCGAUCUGAAGCAAGAGGAAGAUUCUCUGAAUCAUCGUAUCAUUCCUAUCCACAAAACUAUACCAUGUAUAGAGAGAAGAAAAAA